GGGAACAAAGGGAAGUCCGAUUGUGUCGCACGGGUGAGUGGUGAUAAAAGCCGCCCCGCCAGAGUCGCGGCUCCAUCCUGAGCUGAGCUCUUUGCAGAGUAAAGGUAGCUGAGCAGGCGGCGGAGGCGGCCUGAGCUCCAGGUUAACUCCGUCUGUUUUCAUUUUCGGUCUGUCUGCCCACCCGCAUUCAACAUGAAAGCGUUUAGUCCAGUGAGGUCUGUUAGGAAAAACAGCCUUUCAGACCACAACCUGGGCAUUUCCCGGAGUAAAACCCCGGUGGAUGACCCGAUGAGCCUGCUGUACAAUAUGAACGACUGUUACUCCAAGCUAAAGGAGCUGGUGCCUAGCAUCCCCCAGAACAAGAAGGUGAGCAAGAUGGAAAUCCUGCAGCACGUCAUCGACUACAUCUUGGACCUGCAGAUCGCCCUGGAUUCGCACCCCACUAUUGUAAGCCUCCACCACCAGAGACCGGGACAAAACCAGUCUUCGAGGACGCCGCUGACCACUUUAAACACAGACAUCAGUAUCCUGUCCUUACAGGCUUCUGAGUUCCCUUCUGAGUUAAUGUCAAAUGACAGCAAAGCACUUUGUGGCUAAAUAAAUGGUGUUCAUGACUUUUUUUCCUUUGCACAACAACAAAUCCACAGGAUCUUUUAAGGCGCUGAACUUAAUUUUUCAACCAUUUCACAGGGGAGGACAACAACAAAUUGAAUGGACCUUUAAGAAAAAAAAAAUGGAAGGAAAACUUAAAUGAUCCUCUUCCCCAGAGUGUUCUCUGACCUGGACUGAUAGUAGUUAUUUAUGAAAAAGACUUAAAUGCCCUUUCUGCAGUUGGAAGGAUUUCUUUAUAUACUAUUCCCACCAUGGGGAGCGAAAACGUUAAAAUCACAAGGAAUUGCCCAAUUUAAGCAGACUUUGCCUUUUUUCAAAGGUGGAGCGUGAAUACCAGAAGGAUUCAGUAUUCAGUUACUUACAUGAAGUCUUUUGGUCAGAAAAUUACCUUUUUGACGCAAGCCUACUGAAUGCUGUGUAUAUAUUUAUAUAUAAAUAUAUAUAUAUAUAUAUAUAUUGAGUGAAACCUUGUGAACUCUUUAAUUAGAGUUUUCUUGUAUAGUGGCAGAGAUGUAUAUUUCUGCAAAAAAAAGUGUAAUGAUGUACUUAUUCAUGCUAAACUUUUUAUAAAAGUUUAGUUGUAAACUUAACCGUUUUAUACAAAAUAAAUCAAGUGUGUUUAUUGAAUGGUGAUUGCCUGCUUUAUUUCAGAGGACCAGUGCUUUGAUUUUUAUUAUGCUAUGUUAUAACUGAACCCAAAUAAAUACAAGUUCAAAUUUAUGUAGACUGUGUAAGAUUAUAAUAAAACAUGUCUGAAGUCA